CUGACAGAUUGGCGACCCUGACAGUGAUAAUGCUCGAUGUCCGAUAGUCUGAUGCAUUGACGAUUCAUCGUACUUUCAGUUUUAGUGGCGUCUCACCAUAAAAAAGAGAGAUUUAUAGUUGAAAUUUAUCAAGUGUGAUUGAUAAAUCUGAGUGACUCCUGAAAAAAAAGAUUCACCGUAAUUCGGCGACGUCGUCAUGGCCGAUAGUGAGCAGAAGGCGUUGCAACUGGUAGCAGAGGCCGAGAGAAAGCUAUCGUCGUCAAAGAGCUUCUUUGGCGCACUGUUCGGAAGUUCAUCAAAAAUUGAAGAGGCAGUAGAAUGUUAUCAACGGGCAGCAAAUCUGUUCAAGAUGGCAAAAAAAUGGAAUUCGGCGGGAAAGGCAUUUUACGAUGCGGCAGAUUUACAUGCAAAAGCAGGUGGUCGUCAUGACGCGGCCAAUAAUUAUGUAGAUGCUGCUAAUUGUUUCAAAAAAUCGGAUACAAAUGAGGCGAUCAGCUGUUUGUUAAAAGCCAUCGAGAUUUAUACUGACAUGGGCCGUUUCACAAUGGCAGCAAAGCAUCAUCAAAGUAUAGCUGAAAUUUAUGAAAGCGAUGCAGUCGAUUUGGAGCGUGCGGUACAUCAUUAUGAGCAAGCUGCAGAUUAUUUCCGUGGUGAAGAAAGUAAUUCCUCUGCAAAUAAAUGUCUUCUUAAGGUUGCACAAUAUGCUGCUCAACUUGAAAAUUAUGAUAAAGCCAUUCAGAUCUAUGAGCAGGUUGCUUCUGCAUCAUUAGAAAGUUCUUUACUCAAAUACAGUGCUAAGGAAUAUUUCUUCCGUGCAGCAUUGUGUCAUUUAUGUGUCGACUCAUUAAAUGCUCAACAUGCAAUUGAGCGUUAUCAAGAACAGUACCCAGCUUUUCAAGAUUCUAGAGAAUAUAAAUUAAUAAAGACAUUGAUAGAACAUUUGGAAGAUCAAAACCUUGAAGGUUAUACAGAAGCUGUUAAGGAAUAUGAUUCAAUUUCAAGAUUGGAUCAAUGGUAUACAACAGUAUUAUUACGUAUCAAAAAGCAAAUUCACGAUAAUCCGGAUCUACGCUGAUCAGUUUUUUCUUAUCCAUGUUACUUUCUGGCAACAAUAUUAUUUCAUCUCUGUAUAGAUUUGUUUUUGAAUCGCGUCUUGCUUUCAAUGGAAACUAUAUAGUAUUUCAUAUAUAUAUAUAGUUUUUAUAUAAUAGCUCACACAAUUAGAUCGCCUUUUCGUUAGGCUCGUUCUCGACACUUAUCAUUAUAUAUGUAAACAUUUUUUAAAAUCUACAUACUCACGAAAUUGUGGAAGAUUACAGUCUGCAAGAAUAUGAAAAAUGAUUAUUUUGAACGUCUAAGUCUUUAUGUUUGCAUGUAUGCGCGCGUGUGUGUGUGUAUAUGUAUUUACCUUUUUUUUAUACAGGCUUAUUGCCAGAUAUAUUGACUACAAUGUUACAUCCAAUGAUUUUGUUUUAAAAUAAUAGCCUAGAAUUCUUAUCUUAUUUACUUUAUGUAUGUAUGUAUGUGCAUACACACACACACACAUACAAACACAUACAUACAUAUAGAAGAUGUACGACCAUUUACUAUGAUUUUUUCGAGAACGGUCGAUAAUAGAAAAAAUGUUAGGAGAAAAAUUGCCUGAUGUAAUAAUUAUCAUUUAUUUUAUUUUAUUUUUUUCUUAAAUACAACAAUCUGUCGAAAAAUAAUAUAUUGCAUUUUUAAAAUAAAACUAUUUUGUUGAAUUUACACAAAUUGAUCUUUCUAAACAAUCUGUAAAAAAUAUAAAAGUAAUUACAUAACAUCUUAACAUUAUUAUGAAAAUCAUAAUAAAAUGAUGUAAAAAAUGAUUAUUAUAUCAGUAUGACAUUUAAGAGCAUCACAUUAAAUAAAAGAUAAAAAACUUAAAAUAUUUUGCAGAAUCUUCAUUUUUCCAAUAAUUUAUCCUUAUAUUUUAAUAUCUAAAUCGUUCAUAAAAAUAAAUUUGCAAAUUUAACUGAAUGUCUCACUAAAAAAAAGUACAAUUGCAUUUUUCUAGUAUAUUAUUGCACUCAAAAAAAAUAUAAUAGAAUUAUAAUUAGAAGGAGGAUACAUAGUUAUUAUUAUGCCAUUCAAUUCUUUUUUCUAUCGUUUGUUUCUAUUGUCAACUGUUUUCGAGAAAAUUACAUGGACGAAUAGAUGGUUGCUUUGUAAACUAUUUUAUAUAUAUAUAUAUAUAUAUAUAUAUAUAUAUAUAUAUAUAUAUAUAUAUAUAUAUAUAUAUAAAAACUUAAUGUCAUUAUUAUAUACAUACACAUACAUACGCACUUUGUUUUUUUUUAAAUUGAUAAUCUUAUCAUUUUAACCAGGAUUAUUAUAGAUUAUUAUCUUUCUAAAUUUGAAAUUACAGUGUGCAACUAUAAAUAACAUAUUAGAUCAAUAAAUAUUAAUAAAUUUCUUAUUGAUUUUUCUCGCACUUUUGGAUAAUUUUACAAUGAAAAGUUUCUUAAAUUAUAUAUGUAUAUUUUUUUUAUUUAAUAGCAAAGAGAAAAUAUUGUAUAUGAUAUUUUGAAUGUAUAUAAUUAUAUUAAUUGAAACAAUAA